AUGACAAGAUCGCCUCGCUCUCGACUAUAUCCACCUCGAGCUGCAUCAUCGGCUGCUCUGCUCGGUCAUGGCGCACGAUCAGGACACGUCAGGAGCACGCAGCUAGCGCUCGGCAAGUUGCUCGUGCUCCUCACUACGGCGGUACCGCACGUCUUGGCUGUGCCUCUUUCAAGCUACAGGGGCAAUGUCAUGCUUGAUAUACUCGCUCAUACAUCAAAGAAAGACGAUCCCGAUGCACCUGAUGUGACGCCAGGCUCGCCCGAGUUCUGGAUGAAGCUCGGCCUCAUCGUCGUGCUCGUCCUCCUCGGCGGAAUCUUUGCAGGCUUGACGCUCGGUCUCAUGGGUCUCGACAUGGUCAACCUGCAAGUCAUGUCGACGUCUGGCAGCGAACAAGAACGUGAUCAAGCCACCAAAGUUCUCAAGCUGCUCAAUCGCGGCAGACAUUGGGUUCUCGUCGUCCUAUUACUUUCAAACGUCGUCGUCAACGAAUCUUUGCCCAUCUUCCUUGACUCAGUCCUGGGCGGCGGCGUCGGUGCCGUUGUUGCAUCAACUGCACUCGUUGUCAUCUUCGGAGAGAUUAUCCCGCAAUCCAUUUGCGUGCGAUAUGGUCUCUCGAUUGGCGCUCGCUGCUGUCCCUUUGUGCUGAUGUUGAUGUAUGUCGAGUUUCCCAUCGCCUACCCCAUCGCCAAGCUGCUCGACUAUCUGCUCGGCGAGGAUCACGGCACGACCUACCGCAAAGCAGAGCUCAAGACAUUCGUCGGCCUGCACCGUCAUCUAGGCUCGGACAAUCUGGACGAGGAUGAAGUGACGAUCAUCAGCAGUGUGCUCGAGUUGUCCGAGAAGACGGUAGAAGAGAUCAUGACGCCGAUCGAUGAUGUCUUCUCGCUCGCUGCUGAUCAGAUUCUGGACGAAACGACUGUUAAGGAGAUCCUCGAUGCUGGCUAUUCGCGUGUACCCGUGCACGAGACCGGCCACAAGGGCAACUUCCUCGGUAUGCUUCUUAUCAAAAAGCUCAUUACAUACGAUCCGGAAGAUGCCUUUCCGGCGAGCGCGUUCCAGUUGUCAGCUUUACCAGAGACGGGCACAGAUAUGUCAUGCCUGGAAGCGCUCAACUUUUUCCAGCAAGGCCGAUCUCACAUUCUGCUCGUUUCGAGUACGCCAGGCGAAAACGGUGGCGCGAUGGGAGUUGUCAGUCUGGAAGAUGUCAUUGAGGAGAUGAUUGGCGAAGAGAUCAUUGACGAAACAGCAGAUGUCUUUGUGGACGUUCACAACAAGAUCAAAGUCAUUCGCAAGGGCCCACAAGGCUCUGCAAGGGGCAAAGGACUCACGCCCCUCCUUCGCGGCGUCAUCGAGCGCAGGAAGGCGGGCAGACCGAACGCCGAAGAGUCCUCCACAACAUCGCCACGAAGGAACAUCGUUCCCGAAUCGCGACCUCAGACACCCAUGGCAGUCUCUGAUAAUCCUUCGUUGACGCUCUCGCCUAGCAAUGCAGCUUAUGGUACCAUCUCGAAGGCAGACAAGGAUGCACCAGAGAACGGACCGACCGCUCGCGCAUUUCAAAAAGUCAAGCUAAAGGGGGGCGAGCCUGCUCCGCGCAAAGUCGACGUGCUCAAAGACAGGGUACGCAACGGUGCUGUCGAAUCCUCGACGACAAGUCGAAGGACGUCUUUUACAAGCGAUAUCAGGGAGGAAGAAGAGCCUGCGCAGUCGCCCGUUGCGCCCGGCUCAAAAGUUGCAGGCACGGAAAAUGAGCCCUUGCUGCGAAAGCAAUGA